AUGCGAGUGAAUGGUGUUGACUCGGCAAAUGCUGGGGCUGAUGGAGAAUCUAAGCCACCAGCAUUUCAAAUCAUAGUCUUGGGUGCUGGAGGUGGCCCGAACGAAGACAACGUAACUGGUAUCUUGGUCAGGUCCACUGCCACAAAUUGGGCCAAAGGUUCCGUUCUCGCGGUUGAUGCUGGCACUCAUCUUGCCGCGAUUAUUAGAAUCUUCCAGGAAAGUCUGCCAGAAUCCAUCCCAGUUGCUUCCUCCUUCGAGUCAUCCGUCUCAAUCGCCAGCAACCGCGCAGUCAGAAGAGCCAGUUCUCUUCACGCCGGUGUGAAUAUCACGCGACGGUCAAACUCCCUUGCUGAGCACAACGGACAUGGACAAGCCACGCCAUUGCAGCAUACAGGUGCCAUCAAUCCCUCACCGCGAUUACUCACUACUGGUCCGUUUGCCGACUUGGAAGUCCCCUUCGAGUCGGUUAAAGGCAACGCAGCCUACUUCAUGCGGAACCUGAUCUCUACCUAUCUCAUUACACAUCCUCAUCUCGACCACAUAUCAGGCUUUGCAAUCAAUACGGCGUCGUUUCAGCACACGUCUCGCCCUAAGCGCAUAGCAGCUCUACCCUCAACAAUUGAUGCAAUCAAAACCCACAUAUUCAAUGAUGUCAUUUGGCCUAAUAUGUCGGACGAAGAUGGCGGAGUUGGAUUUGUGAGCUAUAUGCGCCUAGUUGAAGGGGGUAAUAUACAGUUUGGUGAUGGGGAAAGCAGGGGCUACAUAGAGGUGUGCGACGGAUUAGCGGCGAAAUGCUGGAGUGUGAGUCACGGCCAAUGCAUGCGCAAGCACCGCAGUCAUGGUAGUGGCAGCGGUAGUACGCACGAGGCUUUCAACGAAGCCAUGUCCCGAAGACCUUCACAGCACGCCGCGACGCCAACUAAUCUGCAACAUAGCCAGAGUCACGGUCACCCUCCGGAUAUGAUGCGCCCGAUCGACAGUUCCGCUUUUUUUCUACGAGACGAUCAUACCGGCUACGAAGUUCUAAUUUUUGGCGAUGUGGAGCCUGACUCGCUGUCUCUAUCGCCAAGGAACAGUCAAGUGUGGAGUGAUGCUGCUUCAAAGAUCAACGCCGGCGUUCUUACCGGAGUUUUAAUCGAAUGCUCCUAUGAGGAUUCUCAAUCCGACGAGACUCUGUUCGGUCACCUUGCCCCUCGUCACCUCAUCGCCGAGCUGAGAGACCUUGCGGAAAAGGUCAAGGCUUUGAAGCCUAGAGAGCAAGAGCCAUCGCAGCGUAAACGAAAGCGCUUUAGCAACGGAGCACACAUGCGUGAGGGCCUUGAGACACGUAGUCGGACGGGUCGCACCACAAGUCAAAGCGGGCGAAAGACGAGAAGACAGACCGUCAGUCCUGCUACCCCUGUUUCGCUUGUAUCUGAAGACUCAGUACCUCAUGAGGCCGCUCGUGCAGCCAAAGAGCCCAAAGUCAACGUCCCACAUUCAAUACAUGGAACUGCACAAGGCUCUGGCAACAUGAGCGGGCCUUGGGGCUAUAGGCCUCUCGAAGGCCUCCAGGUGAUUAUCAUACACGUAAAGGAAACCUUGAAAGAUGGUCCGGAGCCGGGUGAGACGAUUUUGGUACAGCUAGAGCAAGCAGAGAAAGCAGAGCAGCUGGGAUGCAACUUUUCCAUCUCCAAGGCAGGUGCUUCGAUUUGGCUUUGA